CGCCGUCAGCGCGCGCUCGUUGAGCGUCGCGGCGGCGGCACCCUCGCCGCGGUCCUGCGCGGCCUGCAUCACCCGCAGGAGCCGGCGCUUGUCGGCCGCGGCCACGUCCGGCGCCGCGAAGACGUCGCGUUUCGAGCACGGCACCGUCGUGGGCGCCGCGGCGCCGCCGUCCCAGUAGAGAAGCCGGGGGAUGGGGAGGAAGUCGAGGUACGGUGCGACGCCCGCGCGCACGAGCGCGUCGACAGCGUCGCCCGCCGCGAGCAACGCGCGCGCGUCGAGGUCUAUGUUGAAGCGCGCCGCGCCCGCGACCAUGGCGCGCGCGGGCGCGAGAGCGCCGGCCGCCGCCGCCGC